UAAUAAAUUAUUAUUAUGGCCUCCCUUUCUUCCUUAUCUUCUCCAUUCCCAUUCUACAAUCUUUCUCCUGUUCCUCCAUUGGACCUUCCACCCAUCUCUUCUCCUUCCUAUCAUUUUCCUUCUAAAUUAUCACCCAAUAGAACUCUUAUGUUUCUCUAAUUACGCUUUUCCAAUAAAAAGAAUCAAGAAAAUGAGGAAAAGAGAUCUUCAAGAAAGUUCCGAUGUGGGUGGCGGCGGCGACGGCAAAGGUGAAUCUUUGUCAAUGGGGAAAGGAAAAUUAUGGAAUGAAGAGCAAGAUAGUGGGGCUGUAGAUGAAUUACUUGCUGUAUUAGGUUACAAAGUCCGGUCAUCGGACAUGGCCGACGUUGCUCAAAAGCUUGAACAACUUGAGAUGGUAAUGGGUACAGCUCAAGAAGAUGGGAUUUCUCAUCUUUCUACUGAUACUGUACAUUAUAAUCCUUCAGAUCUCUCCGGUUGGGUUCAAAGCAUGCUUUCUGAGUUUAAUAAUUCCCCUUUCGGUCUUGAUUCCUCUGAUAUCCUUCAAAAUCAAGAUUCUACAAUUUCUUUCUCUAGGAAUCCACAACCAGGAAUUUUCAGUGACGACUCCGAAUACGAUCUUCGUGCAAUUCCUGGUGUGAUUGCUUAUCCACCGCCGCCACCACAACAGCAGCAAAACGAUUCAUUAGAGAGAGAAAGUACAAACUCAAGAAAGCGUAUGAAAAUGGCUUCUGGUUCUGAUAAUAAUUUAACCGUUUCAUCUUCAUCUUCACUGUCAUCUCCUUCUCCGCCAUCACAAAUUACGAUAUCUGGUAAUUUGUCAGAGUCAGCUCGGCCUGUAGUCCUAAUCGACUCACAGGAAACUGGAAUUCGACUCGUACAUACGCUUUUAGCGUGUGCAGAAGCUGUUCAACAAGAUAAUUUGAAACUAGCAGAAGCAUUAUUGAAGCACAUAGGUUUGCUCGCGGCGUCUCAAGCUAGUUCUAUGAGAAAAGUCGCUACUUAUUUUGCAGAAGCAUUAGCUCGUCGAAUUUACAAAAUCUACCCUCAAGAGAGCUUGGAUCCUUCCUAUUCUGAUACUUUAGAGAUGCAUUUCUACGAAACCUGUCCUUACCUCAAAUUCGCUCAUUUCACAGCUAAUCAAGCCAUUCUCGAGGCAUUUUCAACUGCAAAUCGAGUACAUGUGAUUGAUUUUGGGCUUAAACAAGGUAUGCAGUGGCCGGCGCUUAUGCAAGCACUUGCUUUGAGGCCAGGUGGCCCGCCGUCUUUCCGUUUAACCGGGAUUGGACCACCGCAGCCUAAUAAUACCGAUACUUUGCAGCAAGUCGGUUGGAAGUUAGCGCAAUUGGCGGAAGCUAUUGGUGUUGAAUUUGAAUUCCGUGGUUUCGUUGCGAAUAGUUUGGCGGAUCUGCAGCCGGAAAUGCUCGACGUCCGCCCUGAUGUCGAGACGGUCGCCGUCAAUUCGGUUUUCGAGCUUCACCGCCUCCUGGCCCGUCCAGGUGGGAUUGAUAAAGUUCUUUCCUCUGUUAAAGCAAUGAAGCCUAAAAUUGUAACCAUUGUUGAACAAGAAGCAAACCACAACGGUCCGGUUUUUUUAGACCGGUUUACUGAAGCGUUGCAUUACUAUUCGAGUUUGUUUGACUCGUUGGAAGGAUCUGGGUCAGUUGUACCGAGUCAAGACCUGGUUAUGUCCGAGUUAUACUUAGGAAGGCAGAUUUGUAAUGUUGUAGCUUGGGAAGGAGCAGACCGAGUUGAGCGACAUGAGACGCUUGCUCAGUGGAGAACUCGGAUUGAUGCAGCUGGGUUCGAACCGGUUCACCUUGGUUCAAACGCGUAUAAACAAGCUGGCAUGUUGUUAGAUAUAUUCGCUGGUGGUGAUGGGUAUAGAGUAGAGGAAAAAGAUGGAUGCUUGAUGCUUGGUUGGCAUACGAGACCGCUAAUUGUCACCUCGGCUUGGAAACCCGGCGGUUCGAGUUAACUCAGUAUAGCGACUGAGUUGAAGUUAGCGAGUCAGUGAAUCUCAAAGCCUGGGGGUGUGAGUGAGACUUGACACAGAGAGGGUAAAAGUAAGAAAAACAAAUCCAAGUGUGUAAUUUCCAGUGUUUUUUCUUUAACCUCUUGGUCCUUUUUUUCUUUUUAUCAAUGUAAUAUUAGAUUUUUGUUUUC